AGUGGCCAUCAGUCGCCUGGUCUCUGGAGACAUCCAGACGACAACUCUCACAAGUUCGGCGACGUUGACCAUUGGGUCGAACUUGCAAAACUCCUUGAGAAGGCCAAGUUCCACGGUAUCUUUAUUGCCGAUGUUCUCGGUGGCUAUGAUGUCUACAAUGGCAACCUUGAUGCUGCAAAGAUCUCUGGUGCACAGUGGCCUGUCAAUGAGCCACUUAGUGUCGUGAGCGCAAUGGCUGCAGCUACAAAAAGUAUUGGCUUUGGUGUAACAGUAUCGACAACGUAUGAGCAGCCCUACCAUCUGGCUCGUAGGCUAUCGACAGUCGAUCACCUCUCGAAGGGCCGACUAGGCUGGAAUAUCGUCACUAGUUACCUGGAUUCCGCCGCCCGAAAUAUGGGCUUCAAAGAGCAGGUAGCGCAGCAUGAUGAGAGAUAUGCGCAAGCCGAUGAGUAUGUGAAGGUGAUGUACAAACUCUUCGAAUCGUCGUGGAGAGACGAUGCUGUUGUUCUUGAUCGCGAGAAGGGGGUGUACACCGUUCCGGAAAGGGUCCGCGAAAUUAACCAUAACGGCAAGUACUUCACAGUACCCGGGCCUCACAUCUGCCAGCCAAGCCCACAGCGCACUCCACUUCUGCUCCAAGCCGGAACUUCGAAAGCUGGCAAACAGUUCGCAGCACAGAGCGCGGAAGCCAUAUUUGUCAGCGCAUUCAGCCCUACAGUGCCUGCGAAGAGUAUUGCAGAGAUUCGGGAGCUUGCAGCAACGCAACAUGGACGAGAUCCGAAUAACAUCAAGGUUCUUGCUCUUGUGACCCCGAUCAUUGGACGUACUGAAGAGGAGGCCCAGGCCAAACUGGCCGAUUAUCGGAAGUAUGCUUCUCUUGAAGGUGCAUUGGCUCUGUUCUGCGGAUGGACAGGCAUUGAUCUGGGCAAGUACGGUGAUGACGAGGAGCUUCGUCAGGUCGAAAGCAACGCCGUCCGGUCCACUGUGGAGGCAUACGCAAAGUUUUCCCCCGGUACUUCGAAAUGGACGAAGCACACCGUCGCCGAGCAUGUGAGCAUUGGUGGUAAUGGCCCCAUCAUCGUUGGCACUCCUGCUCAGGUUGCAGACGGGCUUCAGACUUGGGUUGAUGAGGCUGAUGUUGACGGAUUCAACUUCGCAUACGCGCUAUUCCCGCAAUCAUUUGAGGACAUCAUCGAGCUGUUGCUUCCAGAGCUGAAGGCGCGCGGUCUAUUCUGGGAGGACUACGCCGUUCCUGGAGGAACGUACAGAGAGAACUUUUAUGGCAUUCCGGGGCAGAAGGGACCGCUGGACGAGCAUGUUGCGUCAAAGUAUCGCUGGAAAGCUGGAGUCGAUGCGAAAGACCACGUUAUCCCUGAGUAGGUGAUACGAUAAAAUCACAAUAUAACACGGAAAAACACGUAAAUCAAGAGUAACGUCGAUGCCCGUCAAUGCGCGUCGAUGACGGUGUCAGCACAAAAGGCUAGCGCAAUGAAUAAUCUCUGACU